AUGAAGCCCGCUGAGAUUGAAAUUGGUGAGCAGGCGGCUGGUGAAGAGGAGCUGCAUGAGCCCUUUGGCGAGGUCAUAUGCCCUCCACCCGCCCUGCGUGCGCAAGAAGGCAACCUACAUGGGUGA